AUGAAAGAAUUGGACGCGUUGAACCGUAGAACGAGUCAUCAGGCGUGGACAACAGGAUGCGUUACAACCACGCCGAGUGUCAUAGGCGGUGUGGCUGUAGUUCCUUCGCCGUAUGCUUCUGCAGGGGCGCCUUCCUAUUAUUGCGGUGGUGGUGCUGGUGGCUUAUUUCUUAGCGGCGGACGAACUGGUGGAGGAAGUGCUCCAUCAUCUAGUGGUGCGUCAUCUUCUUCUUCAACUGCUGCAGCUGGAGCGGCCCGCGUUGUUCCAUCUCCAUACAGUAGCUUUAGUUUUCGAGGAGCUGCUGCACAUCAGCAACACUACAGUGAACAAAGACAAGGUACUCGUAAAGGGAUGCAGCUGCCGACGGCACCAGCAGGAGCUUCAUCCUCAGCCACCAGUACUGCGUCAGCUUCUGCUCUUCGUCCUGUUGUGAAACUUCCCCGUGGUAUGAGAAAACGAAGACCUGAGCAGGGACCUGGAGGUGGGAGCGAUGUCAAUGUGGAUUCUGCCCGUACUAGGUCAAUAUCUUCUCGAAACAAUACAACUUCUCCAGAAACAAGUGCAACAGCAACAACUACACCUUCCCAGAACAAUACAACUUCUCCAGGAACAAGUGCAACAGCAACUCCAACAACUACAUCAAGAUCAAAAACAAGUGGACACGGAAAACAGCAAAACGAGCAGGAUAACUACAUCGCGAUGAGUAUCAGAAUGAAUCGUGACAGCGAAAAUGUCGAAUCAGAUGCUGCCGUCUCUGCUUUUCUCGCCAAUCAGCCUGCGCAUCUGCCACCUUCGGCAGGACUAUCUUCAGCCAUCGAUUUGAAGCAUAUCAUCAGUUGCAAAGGCGACUAUGUGCUACGUGCUGGAGAGGAAAGAGAACGAGUGUGGUUCCGACAACUGCCGUUGGCUUUUCGAGAUAAGGAACGGAAAAGAACCGCUCUAGUCGAAGCCUUCGUGCAGAAGAACAACAUUCUUUUCACUAUGAUGCUGGACAUGGUCGCGAGCAUGGAACUUAACGUACUACUUCUACGUCCCUAUAACACAUAACUUAUAUUCACCUUCAUUGUGUAGGUUACAUGCAAGACAUAGCUAUUCCUUUCUAUCACUCCUCUAUUGCUACAACUGAAUCUGAUGAAUGUGAAGAUUAUAUUUUUGAUCAUUCUGUCUUACUGAUACUUCUGAAGGCGAACUCUUGUUUCCUCGACACUCAUGCCAUCUUGAUACUUCCAGGCUCGCAAAAAUCCUGCAUUUCAAUUGCGGAAGGAAGAGGUGAGUGCCAUUUUAGACCUCCCAGAUCUGGAGAAGAUGAAUAUCGCAGCCCAUGCAGAGGCAGAGCGUCUUCUGCACGAGGAUGGGAGCUGUUUUCCAUGCUCCUUUUUUGGAGUGAGGAAUAAAAGAAACAAAGCACAAAAUGCAUCUAAUUAAAAAUACCAAACUACCUCAAGAAUGGGUACACUACUCUACUACUAAUACUACUACUACUAGGUAGGUGACUUGUUGGUAGGUUUACAGUCACGACUCGUCGGAGAGGGGCUAGUAGAGGAGCUGGGGUAGAGGAGCAGAAUGGGACGUAGAGUUAGGACACGGAAGAAGCGUCAAUAUGGCUGAAGAAGGAGAACUGCGUGGACGAGAGCUUGUGUCAAAAAAUAUAAUAAUCUAAUCGAAAACUCAAAAUAACCGAGUAGCCAACUGAAGUAACAGAGUCAUUACGUUGCUCUAGUUUCAGCAACAAGAACUGGAUGACUCAUCAGGAACAAUAAAAGUUGAGAACUACUACAUCAAGGAAGAACAAACAAGGGAGAACGAUGCUGCACACGACUCAACACUGCACACACGACGCGACAUUUGGUAGCUAGGGCCAAACCGAAACUUGUGCUCUAUUACUUUUUAAAUACUGCCAGCCAAAACUCUUCUACUACUUUUUUUACUACAAGUACCUAUUUCUUCUAGCAAAUAAAACUACGAGCCAACGACGCCAAGCCGAAACUAUUUUUUCUCUGUGACCAUCAAGAACAAUGAAUGUGCUAAACGCAAGCAAUCUCUAGCUUGACAAUCCACACAGCUAGGAGGUUUUUUUCGAAGAAGAAUUAGGAUUCGGACCGAUUAAUUACUGCGCCAAGAUGAUCAAACAGAAUCUGAGCAGCACUCUGUCGUCUAUAUAUGCAACCUAGGAUGCAUGAGUUGUCGUUUUCCUUUCAUACUGUCCUACUCGUCUGCGAUUGAAAACAUUUCUUCAAUGAACGUUCUCCUAGGCGGCAGGACGGGAAGCGGAAGUCGAGAUACGAAAAUCAGUAUAGAGAAAUAUUUGAAAUCAGUCGAAAUAAUAUUGAAAUUUUUUAACUCGUGCUGCUGCUACUAUUUGUAUUUUUAUUCUCGUGGUUAGUAGUAAUGCCACAUGUUGAGGAUGUGUAGAAGUGUCGUGCCGGCAAACAUCGACGAAGACGAAAUAUUGUGAAGAUAAAGCAUGAUCGACUCAUCAGAAAACAUUUGUAGUCUCUACUCCGAUAAAGCAGAUGUUGUCGAGGAUCAUAAUCGAAACUAUAUUUAUAGAAGAGUCUGUGCUUAUGCCGUUCUCAUGUGGUGGUCAAUGAAUAUAAGGAGCCAUAUUUCUAGUUUCUAGUCCAUUGUUGACAACAGCUCGUGUUAUAUAACUCACAAAUUAGCUGCUCACGGCCCUGCUUAUCCCAUAUUAAUCUGAUGACUGUAUCUAUUUGAGCUGUGUUUCGUACUGGACUUUGAGCUACUAGUUGUAACCUUAUGAAAUUUGAGUGGGUCAUCAUGAAAUCUUCCUAGUAUAAAAGGCAUGUUGAUGUGGAUCUUUAUAAUCCUAGACAAUUCGAUAGUGUUCAUUCAUCAUGGUAUAGGUCUAUCGCAAAAAAAAUGUACAAUAUACCAUAAAAAAUUCGACCAUCUUAGGGAAGGUUGCGGCUGAGGUGAAGCAUUAUGCUGCAAGGAGGUAGGUACAUUUGUAAAUGCGCGAGCAGCAUCUGCCCCUGCUUCUUACAGUCAUGUGGUUACCCCACAAUAACCACAUGAUGCAAGGAAGUUGACUUCAAAUUGAUUGUCGUUUCUAAAAAUAUGCUUGUUAUUGAUGCACGAAGAUUGAUGGUAUUGACAUCCAGCCGAAGAUGUCCAUGAAGAUAUUUCCUGCAAGAUGAAGUACAACUUUAAUGCAGAAUAUAGAUGAAGAAGUGGAAAUUAUCCUGACUGUUUCAUCUGACGACCAAUGAUUGAGGAUAAUCAUUUGAGGUGCACUGAUGACGACCUCCUGACAUCCAUCUCUAUCAGAUCUGUCCAUCCUGCUCGUCACCAGGACUGCAAGAUAUAGCUCUAUCAGACCUGUCCAUCCUGCUCGUCAGGACUGCAAGGACAACAAGCACGUCAUCCCUCUGAAGAUACGCAAACGUGCUAGAAGGAGGUUCAUCUUCUAAACAGAAAUAAUGCCUGUACUAGUUGUACAGCAACAAAGGAUUAUCAAGAUUUUUUACCGUUUUUACGAAGAGUCCUGUCUUGUUGCAUUCAAUCAUCACAUCUUAUAGAUACUUUCUUAUCGAGGGAGAU